UGAUAGCGGCGAGGUAAAAAAUAUCACGAUAUAAAUAUUUAUUUUUAUUCAAAAAAUACCGAUGUAUAGAUAUUUUGAUGUAUUUUUACAUCCCUAUACACGAGUAGGCUAUUUUCGCCGGUUGGACUACGACUGAUACACAAAAUGUCCGAGGAAGUACUUGCAGGCGUACCACUGGUGCACAUCAGCCCAGAGGGCAUUUUCAAGUACAUCUUGAUCAACGUUAUCGACGGAGGAGAUGCUUCCAAGGCUGUGAUUCGGGGCUUUUCGGACUGCGAAUGGCAUGCCGACAUCUUCGAUCGCGAGGAGAAAGUCUUCAAGAAGCUGGGUCUGCGUGCCGAAUGUCCUGGUGGCGGCCGCAUCGAACACAACCCCGAUAAGAAGUACAUCAAGGUCUACGGAUACUCACAGGGCUUUGGAAAAGCUGAUCACGCCCAGACGAAACGCAUCCUGUCCACCAAAUAUCCUGAUUACACGAUCGAAACCUCUGAUGAUGGGUAUUAGCUGCAAUCAAAGGAAGAAAACACCUGGAACUUGAC